AUGACUGGUUCAGAUAAACUGAAACCUUUAAUAAUCGGAAAAUCGAAAAAACCUAGGUGUUUUGCUGGUGUUAAAUCUUUUCCCGUUGACUACACAGCAAAUAAGAAGGCAUGGAUGACUAGUGAAUUGUUUGCGGAAUGGCUAUUACGAAUAGACAAACAAAUGAAAAUACAAAAACGUAAAAUUUUAUUGUUUAUAGACAAUUGCCCGGCUCACAAUAUUAUACCGACUUGUCAAGCUGUAAAAGUAAAAUUUUUACCGCCAAAUACUACUUCAAAAUCGCAACCUUUGGACCAAGGAAUCAUUAAAACGUUCAAGACUCUUUAUAGAAAAGAAAUAGUGAGGAAAAUUAUAAGUGAUAUGGAUGACGAAAAAUCUACAGUAAUCGAUAUUCUUCAAGCUAUGCGCAUUGUUGAUAAAACGUGGAGAAACGUAACAACGACAACAAUCGUGAACUGCUUUAGAUCGUGUGGAUUUGUACUUGAAGCUGAGAAAGACGACACAUUGAUGCCUAUAAUCGAAAAUACUGAUACGGAUGACAGAGAAUGGGCGCGGAUAACAAGUCGUUAUGGAAUCGCAGAAGAAACCUUUGAUGAUUUUGUUGAAAUCGACAAUGACGUUGCCAUUUCUGGUAUUCUGACAGACGACGAUAUAACUGACUCCGUUCGUGGCACUGAAGAUGUUGAUGACGUCGAAGAAGUAUCAUCUGAGCCUGUGCAUCGUGUUUCAAUGAAGCAAGCAGCAGCAGCACUAAUAUUGUUAAGGACAUUCACCGAACAAUUGAGUAAUGUGGACGAUAAAGUGUACGCUGCUUUAAAUGUAGUUGAAAAUACUAUUGAUAAUAGCAAAUCUCAAAUUUUUAGUCAAAUACCAAUAUGUGCCAGUCCUCAUGCAAUGAUGGCGGGUGUGGGUACACCAACGAAAAUGGUAUUUACAGAUGUGACUGCUCAAUUUCCAAGGGAAUUCAAACGGGAAGCGAAUGUGAGAUGUAUGUGGAUGCAUGCGAAAAAAUAUCGCGAUGUGAGAACAACGGCAAGUGUGUCACUUCGAUGGGGUAUUGAAAUAGGAUAA